ACGCGAGGGACACUACAACACCCAUGAUGCACCUCGCAAGAGGGGUUACGUAACGUCGCGGCGUCGGCUGGGAGCAGCGGGUGACAGCAGCGGAUCAGGGCCGAAGAUAAACAAAACAAAAAAUCGGAAAAGGGCGAAAACUCCGCGGAGCUCUGCGCCGAUUUCCCCCCGCGUCAUGCGUAACGAUGUUCUGACGCGUCUCCACUUCCGCUAACGCAGCCACGUGACGGCGCGCACCUGUGAGGCCAAACGGGGUCACCGAGCUAACGCGUGCUAGCUUAGCAGGCUAGCUACCUGGAGCAGCCAUGUCGUCCCCCUCGUCCUCCUCCAGGCGCCAGUGGUGCUACCUGUGCGACCUGCCCAAGAUGCCCUGGACCGUGGUGUGGGACUUCAGCGAGGUGGUGUGCCGCGGCUGCGUCAACUACGAGGGGGCGAACCAGAUCGAGUUCCUCAUCGCGAGCGCCCGGCAGCUGAAGCGCAGCCACGGGAUGCAGGACGGCAGCGUCAGGUCGCCCGGUCCCUCGCCCAACAAGCACGGCUCCACCGGGAGGGGCGAGGCGGCGGGAGACGGGGGCAGGCCCCACGGGGACCGCUUCGACCGGGGUGGGAGAGCAGAGGGCGUCGCGGUUCGCGUGCCGCCCAACGGGCUGCACCGCGACGGGCAGCCGCCUCCCGAGCUGAACCGCCAGAGCCCCAGCGGCAGCCGGAGACCCAUGCUGGGCGCUGCCAUCCCUCCCAGUCUGGUGACGAGCAUCGCAGGGAUCCCCCACGGGCUGCUCGCGGGCAUGCCGACUGGUCUCACCGCCAGGACAGCCCCCAUGAGCAGCACCAUGAUCUUCCCCGCCCCGGUGCUGGCCGAGAUGAGCCGCAGGCAGCUGGGGAUAGGGAUGGGGAUCGCUCCCUUCAUCACCCCGGAGCUGGAGCGGGAGCUCAGCUCGUCCCAGAAUCAGCCCAAGACCCAGACCCAGGUCCACACUGUGGCCGGCAGCAGCAAAAGCACCGGCCUCCCCACCUCGUCCUCCUCCAUGGCGGGAGGUGUGAGCCAGACGAGCCCCAAGCCGGCCUCGUCUCCAGCCCGGCAGCCGCGCCCCCUCACCUCCAGGUCCGGUGCAGAGCUCCUGGGCUCCAGCUCCUCAGCAGAGGCGGCCACCACAGCUGCGGCGUUGCCCCACAGCGGAGCCUCUGAGCUGGGAUCAGCGUCCACCAGCAGCACCCUCUCUACAGGAAACACUCUGUCCUGCACCUUGUGUCAUGAGAGGCUGGAGGACACACACUUUGUCCAGUGUCCAUCAGUGCCAGGCCACAGGUUCUGCUUCCCGUGCACCAGGGUGUACAUCCAGAGCCGGAGGGGAGAUGGGGAGGUGUACUGCCCCAGUGGAGAGCGCUGUCCGCUGGAUAACUCUCCCAACAGCCCCCCUUGGGCCUUCAUGCAGGGAGAGGUCUCCACGAUACUGGGCACUGGUGGAGCAGGACCUGCAGCAGCUCCUGCACCUGGAGCCGGGUCAGGGCCCGGACCUGCUCCUGCCAAUACGUCCGGGUCAGGGAGCGGAGGCGGAUCUGGGAACGGAGACAUCGCUGUUAAGAAAGAGAGAGAGACGUGAUGGGGAUUUCCAUUGAAGCCAAGACCCAACACAGCACCAGGCAGAGUCGUAUCCCACACCACGAGGAGGAGACUGAUCUGCACCUCAGACAUCCAGAGGAGUAAACACAUCGACUCACAGUAAAACUCCACUACACAGGUCUUAUCUCCACCUACUCACACCCCCCCCCACUUGUUCAGACUGAAGUUGCAACGGCUGCCUUCACAAAUUGUCAUUACUGCUUUUUAUUUUUGUUUUUUAUUUUCUAAACAAAGGUAGACUUCGCCAACUUGUAAUGUAAAUUCAGCCAUUCUGAUAUAAUGAGAAUGUGAAAUCAAUUGUCUCGGUGCAUCCUGGACAUCCUGACCCCCCCCCCCCUCCCCCGC